AAACCCACAGAUUAAUAAGCCUUUGAGAUGUUGCUAGAUAGAUGAGAGAAACCCUGUUGUUCAUGAACUCUUACUUGUACAGGUGUAGAAUUUAAUGUCACGGUUGUUUCAAAAACCUCAACGCUGCUUUAAAUAAAGUCCAAUUUAUUUGUUUGUGUUUUUCCAGAAACUAUGGACAAAGAAGCAAAAGAAAUUGGAAAAACUGAAAAAACUGAGCAGGCCAAAGGAUGCAAGUGCAGGCCAAAAAACUCUGGCAUUUGUGGCUUUUUUACGUUUCUCCUUCGGAUGUUCUUUUACAGACCUGAAUGGACCAUGAACAACUCGAAUACCACGAAACUUCGAUUCAUUUUUGUAGAUUUUAGUGCUUGGCAUUUUGCAGGCAGUGACCUGCUGUGGGCUGGGAUAGCCAUGCGGCUGUUGGAGGCCAUACAGUUCAGCUUUGGGAAGAUGAAAAUUGUUCUUUUCCGUACGACUCAACUUGAUGAGAUGGAGGAAGUCAAGAAGAAGAAAACCCAGGAUUCAGAGAAAUCAUCAAACCGCUGGGUUCCCAAGGAGAUUCUCUGCUUCCCUCUCUGGAUGAUUUUCCUGGCUCUGAUUCUGAUCCCCAUUUUCUUUUUGAUAAUCCUGAUGACUGUGGAUUUUCCCGAAGGUGAAGGAAAACCCAACAACACGACAAAAGAAGAAGAAUCCGAUGAGGAAGAUGUGGUUGUGGGCAUGUUAGCUGCUUCACUUGGAAUCCCUGCAGUAUUCAUGAUAAAAUUUGGAUUUAAGGUUGGGAAGAACAUGGUCUUCAGCCAGGUUGGGAACAUUAGGAGAGCAAUGGACAAUAGCCGAUUGAGCAGCAAGUUGGGGUUUAUGAAUCAUGUCAGGAAGGAAAUUUGGUUAUUGUCUCGCUUCAUCCAGUUCAUGGAGGUGUUUGAGGGGAGCAGGAUUCGUAUUGUGCUGAAAAUCACUACUCUAGAGCACUGCAAGUCUGAAAAAAUCGUGAGCGUUCUAGAUGCCAUGAACAUCCUGCUUUCAGACAAGGAGAGUCCGUUUAUAUCCAUUUUGGCGGUGGACCCUCAAGUACUUCUGGAUAAAAUAAACUUUUCAAAAGGUUGUUACACCAAACAGGAUAGAGCUUAUGCGCUGUUGAACCGCAUUCUAACCCUAGCGUUCACCGUCCCAGUGCUGGACGAAACAUUAAGGGGCGAUUUUUUUAACAGAGUCAAGGACGAUCAGAUCUAUAAGAAGUUUGGAAAUCAGGAGAAUGGACACCCAACCAACAGUGAUUCAAUAGCUCUAUCCAAAGUGGUGGUGGGGGACCAAGAGGAGAGCAAGCCACUAACUGACAACUACGUAAAAGAGGAAGAAGUGGAAAGUUUAGUUUUGAGGAUUACGGAAGUCACUAAAACCAGAUUAAGUCAGUAUAUGGAUGACGAUACCAUCUUCAUGAAGAGAGUUAUCAGCUCUAUUUGUGUGUCUGUGUUCAUCAUGAAAGCCUUACAUAGAGAGCUGCCCAACCCCGAGAGCAUUGGAGCAUGGCUGGUCUUAGCCAACCAGUGGCCCUGUCGACUCAGCUGGAUCAUUCAGAUUGUGGAAGACCAAAAUCAAACUGGUAGUGCAGGCACGCCCACAGAUAAGUCCAUUCAGUUAUGGAAUGUCUUCAAUGAGAGCAGGGACGAGCUGUAUGCAAUGAGAUCCCAGAUUAUGGAUCUCCUUGAGCAGGAUGGAGAUCCAGAAAUGUUUGAGAAAAUGCUUGGCGAGAAAGAGUUUGGAUUCAACAUUAAGAACUUGGAGAUAAUUCAAUCGGUAUUAGUGAAUCUAGAUCAGUCAAUUAAGAGGAAGCUGGCUCAGAUCAGAAGCACAACCCAUCUGAAAAAUUUUGGUUGGAAGAGCAGCCCCCCACUGCCGUUAGCAACAAUCAGCAACAUGACCAAAGAGGAAAUAUGUGAAGAGAUGAAAAAAUUGAAUUUUGACGAGAAGUACGCAGAGAUUGUAAGAAGCAACAACAUCAACGGCUCUGCAUUGGUCUUUGGCGACGUUAAGGACCUUAAAGCCCUUCUGGGUAUGAACUUUGGAGAAUGGUCAGCCUUCAAGCUGCACUUCCUGAGAGUUUCCACAGAGAAAUUACCGUAGUUUCUGGACGACAGAGCGCACCUGUAUAUAGGCCCACUCUAUUUAAAAAUAAAAAUAAAAAAAA